AUGGACGCCGGAUUCCAUCGCGAGGCCUGCCUGGCCGAGGAAGCCGAGAUGCUCGACAUGGCCAAGAGGAUCAGCGAAUCCCGCGGACGGCCUACGCAACCACCUGUCGCGGCAGAGCCGCCCACAAGCUCCUUCGACCACUUUUCGAACCCGUCUGCUUACCAGAGCCAGUGGGAUGCCAUCUACCAAGACCAGUUGGACGACCUGGUCGAGGAUCAAGCCCUGCUGGACGUGCCUGGGCCGCAGGCCGGAUCCGCUGCUGUGGCAGAGGCCACCCCCGGGCUUGGCGAGACGCACAGCGAUGCAGGGUCAACCGACGAGGCGGCUCAUGUGGCGCUCAACGGACUUGUCCAUCCGGAUGGAGGGGCUGCUUUGCCCGAGGUCGGGAUGCCGCUUGGUGGCUUGCCUGGGUUGGGUGGGCAGCUUCCUUCCACGGCACCUCAGAUGACGCCUCACAGCGCAGCCGGGCAGAAUUUGCCCUCCGCGGUAGCCGCUGCCGCUGCCAUGGCCCCUCAGGGCGUGGCUUCGUGGAAUAUGAUGCCUCAGCCGACGCCUUUCGUGAACCCUCAGAGCAUGCCGGAUUUCAGCGCAAUGUCGCAGCCGUUUGCGCCGAUGGCGCCUCCGGCAAUCCCUCAGCCGGCCUUCGCCAUGGCACCUCACCCCAUGCCGGGGUUGGGCACGUUCCCGCCCGCGGUUAACUUGACGGAACCCCAGACCACGUCUGGAUCGGCAGGAUUCCCGCAGACAGUUCCUCAUAUGGCGCUUCAAGGCGCACCCGGGUGGAACCUCGCCUCAGAGGCAGCCGUUCCCGCCAUGGCACCUCGAAGCAUGGAUUGGUGGAACACGAUGCCGCAGCCAGCUUUCACGGCACCCCAAGGCAUGCCCGAUUUGAACACGUCGUCGACUCCCUUUGCCCCGGGGCCGCCUCGAGGGAUUCCCGAGCUGAUUUCCGUCCCACAGUCAGCUGCUGCUACAUUGCCACCCCGGCAGCCCAGCAGCCCGCUGGAUGAAGAAGCCUCUCUCCGGGGACUGUGCCACUACAGCACUUUCCAGCUGCCUGUGCCGGCCAAGCCAGGCGGCAUGCUUGGACGCAUCGACGACAUGCACGUCAGGAGAUUGCUGCCGCUGGCUGACUUGCAGCCCUAUCCCAUCAUUCUCGUCCACGGGGACUUUCACACCGGCCAAGUCUGGAUCAAAAAACCCGACUUUGGCGACGGAUGGAGCACCUACUUCACAGACAAAGGCUUCACCGUCUACGUUGUCGAUCUUCCCGCGCGUGGAACUCCCAGCGAGGAGGACAGGACUGCCUUUUUAGAGCCACCCGCUCGUUUAGAUGUCAAGCGGGUCCAGACAGAACUGACUGCUUCGGAGAAGAAUCCCGCCUUCAUGCAUCUACGUUCGGUUCUGCACAACCGAUGGCCUGGCACUGGUUUGCAAGGCGACCCUAUUUUUGAAAACUACUAUGCCGGACUGGUGCCGUUGCAGAUGCGAAAGGAGUACCGUCAAUCCAUGGCUCAGGACGCUCUCUUCGCUCUCCUCAAGCACAUCAACAGGCCCGCCGUACUGAUCGGACAAGGCGCAGGAGGGACGGCGUGCUGGCUGGCCGCCGAUGCGGCCCCAGAGCUAGUGUGCUGCGUCGUUGCCCUGGAACCGAGCGGACCGCCAGGCGGCACGGCGGAGGUGGGACGUGGAGGAGCCGCUUCCUCGCUGGCGCGCACAAGACGUGACGCGCAGACGCGAGCAUACGGGCUGGCCGACAUUCCACUCACCUAUGAGCCGCCCGUUGAGGUUGCAAGGCCCGACGCAAACGGGAACAUCAAGCCUCCGCUCGACUUGUCCCUGUACGUCGUGGACAGCCGGGACAACCGCAAGGGCGCAAAUAGCUACUGGCUGCUGCAACGGGGGGAUGAAAGCGAGAACCGCGUCGAGCUGGACGACGACGGUAACCCGAUCCCCCGGGAAGCUGCUCGGAAGGGCACCAUCCGCCAGCUUGCCAAGCUGAAGCAAGUGGAGCACCACAUGGUGCUGACGUCGGACACCAGCAGGCACUCCGUCUUUGACGGCGCCACGGUUCACUUCAUGGAGCAGGCCGGGGUGCGGACGUGCUGGAUCCGGCUCGGGGGGAAGAUGGACAUCAAAGGCAACGGGCACCUGAUGUUCCUGGAGGAGAAUAGCGACCAGAUUGCCGAGCUGGCGUUUUGGUUCAUCGAGUCCAGGCUGCCUGGCGUGAGGAUCAACAUGCCGGGCGGCCUGGGCAAGAGGUUCGGGUUCAAGGUGCCUCACGAGGAGGAAUCGGGCAUGGAGGGGAGGUGCGUGGACGGGGUUUGGGGCCAGCCGGACAUGGCUUGCGGCGUCGCGUUUUGA